UCUGCCCCCAUAACCUUAAUUGUCAUUAAUUGUCCUCAUAUCAAAAUUGAGUACAUAGGAUUCAUGAUUCUCCAUUCUUGUGAUGCUUUACUAAGAAUAAUGUCUUCCACUUCCAUCCAAGUUAAUACGAAGGAUGUAAAGUCUCCAUUUUUUUUAAUGGCUGAAUAGUAUUCCAUGGUAUACAUAUACCACAGCUUGUUAAUCCAUUCCUGGGUUGGUGGGCAUUUAGGCUGUUUCCACCAAACGUUUUUCUAAAGAGUACACUGAGGUUGGGUGCAGUGGCUCAUGCCUGUAAUCCUAGCACUCUUGGGAGGCCAAGGCAUGAGGGAGGAUUCUUUGCGCUCAGGAGUUCAAGCCCAGCCUGAGCAAGAGCCAGACUCCAUUGCUACUAAAAAUAGAAAAAAAAUUAGCUGGGCACUGUGGCUGAGGCUUGUAGUCCCAGUUACUGGGGAGGCUGAGACAGGAUGGCUUGAAUCCAGGAGCUACACUUCUUAGCAUUAUUAGCAGUGUAGUAUAAAGCAACCUACCUGAUCUCUCUGAGCCUCAAUUUCCGUAUUGUAGGGUGUUUUGAGCACUUGUUUGAGAUUUAUUGACUAUUUACUAGGGCCAACGCUGUAAUAGGUAGGUGCAAGGUCAUUCCUCCCCUGCAAUUUCAACACAAUGUAACAAAUACUAUAACAACGAUAUCUACUUGAUAUUUUGUAAGUAUCAAAUAACUUAUUAUAAAUGCUUGUAACUCAUUAAACAUUCACUCCUUUUCACAACCCAAAAUGUAGGCGUUAUUUACAUUUUUAUAUAAGUGGCACGAAGAAGUAAUUAUCUAGCCCAGGACCAAACAGCUGUCAGACGUUGGGGCUGGAACACAUCUUGACACGGGGAAGGAAUUUACAAAUUUGCGCAUGUUGGGAGGAGGUGGUGGAAGCUUUCUACCCCUUAGAGACAGCGUUGGUUCACCGAUUGCCAAACGGGGAUUAAAAUAUUAUUACCUCUAUGGCUCAGCGCGUGUAGCACAGUGGUUACUGCGCCAGCACACACACGGAGGGUGGCGGGUUCCAAACCGGCCCGGGGCAGCUAAACAACAAUGACAACUGCAACAAAAAAUAGCCGGGCACCUCCCAGCUACUUGGGAGGCUGAGGCAAGAGAAUUGCUUAAGCCCAAGAGUUUGAGGUUGCUUUGAGCUGUGACGCCACAGCGCUCUACCGAUGGCGACAGUGAAAUUUUGUCUUAAAAAAAAAAUUACCUCUGUAAUCGUGUAGAUUAAAUUUAAUCAUAUAUUUAGGAAUCAGUAUUGCCUCUGGGACACGUAAGCUCUUCUAAAUUGCUGCUAUCAAUUUCACUUUAUUCCUUUAAAUUGCAUCAUUGUGGCGAAUCCCAGGGAUGUUUUCAUGGCUUUGGCUACGUAUUGUGAAGCUACUCUUCAAAUGGGUUGCAGCACUUCAACGUCGGAAGAUCCUAGUUGCUUUAAAUUUUGAUAUACGAUAAGACCACUUCCUUUGAUUUUUGUUUUUUUUCCAGUUUCUGAUAGCCCCACCUAUUUCUCCAUCAAGGCGUUCACCUGCUCGGCUUUACAUCUCCCGUUUCGUCGCCCACGCGCUCAAGCCAGUUCUCGCGGGAAAAGACGUGAUUUUAAACAUAAACGCCUAACGCUACCCUACCUCCUAAGGUGUCACGUGACGCGCCUGCGUCCUCGCCUCAAGGUCCUUCCUGGUCACACACAAGUAGCUGGUAACUCGGCUACAGGAUAUCGCGAGGUCUACUGCGGAAGUAAGCCCUUGGACUUUCGCUUCCUCGACGGAAGCGUGUCACAAUCUGGCGGUCGAUUCUUAGCGGAAGUUCGUCACGUCGCAGUUGCCUCCGUUCAGCGGAUGUGUGUCGCCGCUUAGGUGACGCUGGGAAGUGCUUGCAGCCUGCGUCGCUGCCUUCUGGUUGAAGCACUAUGGAGGGGGAGAGGAAGAACAACAAUAAACGGUGGUAUUUUACUCGAGAACAGCUGGAAAAUAGCCCGUCCCGUCGUUUUGGCGUGGACCCGGAUAAAGAACUUUCUUAUCGCCAGCAGGCGGCCAAUCUGCUCCAGGACAUGGGACAACGUCUUUACGUCUCGCAAUUGACUAUCAACACUGCUAUAGUAUACAUGCAUCGAUUCUAUAUGAUUCAGUCCUUCACACAAUUCCAUCGAAAUUCUGUGGCUCCAGCAGCCUUGUUUCUAGCAGCUAAAGUAGAAGAGCAGCCAAAAAAAUUGGAACAUGUCAUCAAGGUAGCACAUACUUGUCUCCAUCCACAGGAAUCACUUCCUGAUACUAGGAGCGAGGCUUACCUGCAACAAGUUCAAGAUCUGGUGAUUUUAGAAAGCAUAAUUUUGCAGACUUUAGGCUUUGAACUAACAAUUGAUCACCCACAUACACAUGUAGUAAAGUGUACUCAACUUGUUCGAGCAAGCAAGGACUUAGCACAGACUUCGUACUUCAUGGCAACCAACAGCCUGCAUUUGACCACAUUUAGCCUGCAGUACACACCUCCUGUGGUGGCCUGUGUCUGCAUUCAUCUGGCUUGCAAGUGGUCCAACUGGGAGAUCCCAGUCUCAACUGAUGGGAAGCACUGGUGGGAGUAUGUUGACGCCACUGUGACCUUGGAACUUUUAGAUGAGCUGACACAUGAAUUUCUGCAGAUUCUGGAGAAAACUCCCAACAGACUCAAACGCAUUCGGAAUUGGAGGGCAUGUCAGGCUGCCAUGAAAACAAAAGCAGAUGACCGAGGAGCAGAAGAAAACACUUCUGAACAGACAAUCCUCAAUAUGAUCUCCCAGAGCUCUUCAGACACAACUAUUGCAGGUUUAAUGAGCAUGUCAGCUUCUUCUACCACAAGUGCAGUGCCUUCUCUUCCAGUCUCUGAAGAGUCAUCUAGCAACUUAAGCAGUGUGGAGAUGUUACAGGGCGAGCGUUGGCUUUCCUCCCAACCUACUUUCAAACUAGAACCUGCUCAGAGUCAUCGGACUAGUGAGAAUUUAGCACUUAUGGGAGUUGAUCAUUCCUUGCAGCAGGAUAGUUCAAAUGCAUUUAUUUCCCAGAAGCAGAACACUAAGAGUGUGCCAUCAGCUAAAGUGUCACUGAAAGAAUACCGUGCAAAGCAUGCAGAAGAGCUGGCCGCUCAGAAAAGGCAAUUGGAGAACAUGGAGGCUAAUGUGAAGUCACAGUACGCGUAUGCUGCCCAGAAUCUCCUGUCUCACCAUGAUAGCCAUUCUUCAGUCAUUCUGAAAAUGCCCUUAGAGGGUUCAGACAACCCUGAACGGCCUUUUCUGGAAAAGGCCGACAAAACAGCUCUCAAAAUGAGAAUCCCAAUGGCAGGUGGAGAUAAAGCUGGCUCUUCAAAACCAGAGGAGAUAAAAAUGCGCAUUAAAGUUCAUGCUGCAGCUGACAAGCACAAUUCUUUAGAGGACAGUAUUACAAAGAGCCGAGAAUACAAAGAAAAGCACAAGACUCACCCAUCUAAUCAUCACCACCAUCAUAAUCACCACUCACACAAGCACUCUCAUGCACAACUUCCAGUUGUCACUGGGAGUAAACGUCCAGGUGAUCCAAAACAUAGUAGCCAGACAAGCACCUUAGCACACAAAACCUAUAGCUUGUCUAGUUCUUUUUCCUCUUCCAGUUCUACUCGUAAAAGGGGGCCCCCUGAAGAGACUGGAAGUGCAGUGUUUGAUCAUCCAGCCAAGAUUGCUAAGAGUACUAAAUCCUCUUCCAUAAAUUUCUCCUUCCCUCCACUUCCUACUAUGGGCCAGUUGCCUGGGCAUAGCUCAGACACAAGUGGCCUUCCCUUUUCACAGCCCAGCUGUAAAACUCGAGUUCCUCAUAUGAAACUAGAUAAAGGGCCCAGUGGAGCCAACGGUCAUAACACGACCCAGACAAUAGACUAUCAAGAUACUGUGAAUAUGCUUCACUCCUUGCUCAGUGCCCAGGGUGUUCAGCCAACACAGCCCCCUGCGUUUGAAUUUGUUCAUUCUUAUGGUGAAUAUCUGAAUCCACGGGCUGGUGGAAUCUCCUCCAGAUCUGGCAAUACAGACAAGCCCCGGCCACCACCUCUACCUUCAGAGCCACCUCCACCACUUCCGCCCCUUCCUAAGUAAAAAAGAAAAGAAGAGAGAAAAACUUCUUUUAAAAAAAGUGGUUUUUUUUUUUUUGACUACUGAUUCUGGACUGAGAAUUACUUCCCUUAUGAAAUACGUCGCCCUUCUUGGACUAGGGAAUAAAUUGAUAAUGAGACGUAAGUGGGAGGGUUGUGGAGGGCCUUGGUUAUUAUAUCUGCUGUCUUACACAUUUAACUUUUAUUACAAUUUUACUGGUAUUAGAGAGAUGGAAUGUGUUGAAGCUGUGAAGGAUUAAGAAUACUUUUUCUAUUCUUGGGCCUCUCCACCUUCCAAUUAGGUUGAUCGGAGCUGGUAUCUUUCCUCUUCUUGCCAGAACUGAAAUAUGGAGGGUUUGUCUUAUCAAAAAAUUGUGGAUCCUUUUGGUGUUUAAUAUAACAGAAGAGAGGAAGUAUUUAAACGUCAAAAUCUUUUAAGAGACUUUAAAAUAAUUUAAAGUAAGUUAUCGGUUUAGUUUUUUUUAUAUAUAACUGGGGAGGGAAAAAGGAUUUUGCUGUGUGUAUGAAAUACAUAGCAGUGACU